AAAUUAAAAAGGGAACCAAGUGCAAUAGUGCAUACAAAAGAAAGGAAACGAUAACACGAAACCAGAACACAUGACUUCACUUUUGAUCACACAACUUAAACUCCAUUAUUAAUUACUGCUUUUUCCAAAGGAGCUAGGACACUUCUACAUUGCCCUAGCCUUUCACCUCCAUUCAACUUCCUUUCAUCUCCUAAGAGCCGCAACACCUUAAACAAACUCCUCCCACCAUAUACCAUCACUUCUUCCAUCCCCUGACCUCCAAAACUACCAAUUCACUACCCAUGGCAUCAUACCACAAAACCCAUCCUCCAUGAAUACUUCAUCAUCUUCCACCAUAAACUCCCUUUUCUUCAAUACUUCAUUCCCUUUCCUCCUACAACCCAUAGCAAAUCAUCAUCUCUCUUUAAAUCACCAUGAAAAUACCCGGUUUGUUACCUCAAACUCCUUCUCCUCACCAUCAAAGAAAUCAAAACCCUCAUGACUACCAACUUCCCCUGCCACUGAACCACCAAGCAACAACCAAGCCCUUCACCCAACCACAACUUUGAACUUUCCCCUUCAUGAAGCCACUCCAACAGUACCUCAACCUGGCAAGCCACUACCUUCAAACCAUCAAGCCAUCUUAGAACCGCACCACCACCGAUCUGAACGUCCCCGUUCACCAUAGCCAGAAGGAAAAGAUGAAAGGAAGAAUAAAAACUCCAACAUCACGCACCACACGCAACCCAAACCACAAUUAUUCAGAGAGGGAGGUGAAAGAAAACCCCACACACCGGAAACCACCACCGCAGCCACCAUUCAGAACCUGCAAGCUCGGUCCAGCAGCUACCUUCACUGGAAGCCAACCGUUACCUCCAAACCAAAAACCACUACAUCCAUCGACCACCACCACCGUGGGACCCCAUCGGAAGCACCACCGCCGCCACUAAACCCAAGCCUUGUCUUUCUCCCCUCCGAUCCACCCAGGAUCCAUUGCCGGAGACCACUGCAUCCUGCAGCCACCGCAGUGACCGGCCAUGACGUCGUCUCUUGAUCUGCAGCCUGUGUCAGAAAUGACAUUCUAUGAUAGGGAGGAAUCCUUUACUAAUUCAAAGAAAGGGAUUAAGUUAUAUCAGGUAAGCGGCGGCAGUGGCUGUAUUAUAGACGGUGGAGGAGACGAUGGGAAGAAGAGACGAAGCACAGUGAGAGAAACACUGAUAAGAGAGAAUGUGAGGUGGGAUUUAUUUACCAGUUUUUGAUUUUUUUUUUUCAUUUUGCUUCGUUUUAUUUCAUUAAUAAUGAUCAUGGUUUUUUCACUUUUUGGUUUCAUGGGAAAAUGAAAGGAAAAAAACUAUACACGAGAAAACAAAAAAGCGGAUGGAAUUCGGGUAACGAACGCACUCAAUUCAGAGCAGGCUCGUUUGAGGAAUUCGGAGGACUUGAGGAGGAAGAUCGUGAAGGAAAGUUCAAGGAGCGAGCUGGAAAAUCAACAGUUGAGUAUGGCGGACUGGUACGAGACGGUCGUCCCUUCGGGGGGGGGACCAGGUUUGAGAUGUUGGACCAAGACACCCCGGGCUCAUGGGUGGUCGACCCCGCCGGCCACCGAGCUAUCUAUUCAGGGCGAAUAAUGGAGGAUCGCAUUGACCGGAUGCCAAGCCUGACGCACGGAGUCUGGAGGCACUACACUAUCAGCUUCAACUUGCCACCGGGUGUACACUGCGGACCUGGACUGGGAGUGCCACCACCACCGUCGCCUUCGGACGACGAGUACCCCUCGGAGGAGGUGCCUGUGGGAGGGACUUCUUCAGGCACUAGUUCACCCACUGUCGCGGCUGCUAUAGACUUGGGAUCGGGUGCAGAACCCGCUCGACCAGCUGUGGAGACCGAUGCAGUCAUCGACAUAGUCGUCUUGGAUUUAGAUUCAGACGACGAUCUUGGGGAUGCAUAGUUGGGAUUAGUGUAGGAGUAGCGUCUUGGCUCUGAUGUUCAGUCUUUCGUUUUGGGUAGGGUAGGUCCCCGACCUUUAGCUUUUCUUGUGGUUCUCUUUACGGAAAUCACAGAGAGUUGGUUGGACUAGGGGGUCUUGUUUUAGGCCAUCUGGGCUGACUUAUUCUCAUUUUGAGGGUUUGUGUUGCAGACACUUAACCUUUUCUUUUGGAUUGUACCUUUUGCCUUCGGGCGUUACUCUAUUUUGCUGUCCGUCACUGGAGAGUUACUCGUGACGUGGUUUACUACUUACAGCGGGGGCUGUAACUAUUAUUGUAUAUUAGUUUUGUUAUCUUCUGUUGUCAAGCUCUAUUUCUUUCAGUUUUAAUUUUGUAUUAUCGAGAAAAAAAAUAUUCACGUUU